AUGCCGAGAGAACGUGGUCUGACGAGCCCUUCAGGGCCUCUAGAGGACCGGCCUGCUUCGAUGGGCCCGCUGCCUCACAACCCCGAACGUCAAAAUCAGACUCAGAUGGGGAGUCCGCUGCCCCCGCUCACCGAGCUGCCCUCCUCGUCAGUAAGUACCACCCAAAGGGCCUCGACCAGCAACCUUCGGAGCGCUUUUCGCCAGACCAUCAGGGCCGUCACUCCCGAGCCCGCAGAAGCCUCCCCCGGCAGCCAUGUUCCCGAGGGCUUCACCAGCGCCGGUGUGUCACAAAUGCUCCAUGAUCUGAGUUCAGCAUCGCCGCAAACCUCUCCGAGGACAAUUCCCUCAGCUCCAGUCAACAUGCCGGCUAAGCGCCAGGGCGUUGUCUUCCAGGACGACUUUGCUGGGUCGUUCGAUAGCACAUCGUCUAGUCCUCCCGCUCGGCCGCAGUCUUUCAGACCGAGAACACAUACCAUGGACGGGUCUUUCCGUCAGCAGCUCGCUCCUGCGACCGAGUUGCGGAAUAGGCUAGGAUCGUUCUCCUCUGCCACGUCUCUUCCCGUCACAGACGACAUGAGGAUGGCCAGCCUGCAGUCCCCUGUCGAGUCAUACAAGUCCAUGGAUUUCAUCCCACCAGGCAGCAGUGGACCGUCCAAGGAUAAGAAAGGCGGCGCAAGAAGCCGUCUGUCAAAGCGGCCGUCUUCACGUCCCAGCUCGCCGCUUUCGUCUCUUCCCCCCUCGGUCGACUCACUUCCGCUUCCUAUACCCACUACAGACGCAAACAAGAUCCUGCUUCUCAUGAAGAAUUUGUGUGGCCGGAUGCGGGGCGAGAUUGAGUAUCAGAAAGAGCUAGGCUCUCCGUGGGUAGGUGGCAUGUGCUACAUCGAGGAAGAGAAGGGCAGUCUGAUGUUUGACCCGGGCGACAUUGGCCCGUUCCAUACUGCUCUGAUCUCUGAUCUGCGCGGCUGCCGGGUCGUUCCAGUCGAGCAGUCUGAGGCAACUGGUCAAUGCCUCGAAAUAUGCAGCCCCCAUCUCGGCGUGGCUAUCCUUCUGAGGCCCCUGGUGCCCGAGGAAUUUGAUCUCUGGCUGGCCGCACUGCUGUGCUGGCAGCAGCUCAGGCCGGCGAACUCUAAGUCACAAUCCAAAGCAUCCAAGGAUAGCCCGGCACCGCCGGGACACACCGAGAUGAAGCGCCGAGUCUCGUCAAACGGUCUGCGCGAGAAGGAGAGCGCUAUCAUCAAGGUUGGGAAGGUGAUGCUCUGGGACAGGGGAGCCGCCCUAUCUCCCCGAGCUAUUGUCCGGCGGCCCUCGACGCGCGACCUACGUUCCCUCAGCACAUGCUGGAGGAGGGUCUCGUGCAUCCUCCAUGAUAAUGGAGAGCUGAAGAUCAUGACAGAAAAUGACAUGACCGUGCUGUCGGUCAUUGAACUCUCCCAGCUCGCAAGAUCGGCCAUUCAGCAGCUGGACCGGUCGGUGCUGGAUGAGGAUUACUGCCUAGCCAUCUUCCCUAUUUAUUCGUUUACCUCGACUCAGUUGUCCAUCUUCCGACCAGUCUACAUCGCCCUGGAAUCCCGCACCUUGUUCGAGGUUUGGUAUGUGCUGCUGCGAGCCUUUACUAUCCCUGACAUCUAUACUUUUGACCCCACGAGGGGGGAACCCCUUACAGAGGUGGUCAAUCUUGCUGCCGAACCGCCGGGCGAGACUUUCCGAGUGGAAAAGACCAUCACCCUUCGAGUCACGGAGGCCAAGAUACGGAGCAGGACUUGGAUGGGUGAGGGAACACCACCCGAACGCUGGUCAAAGUCGAACAACGAUGAUGCCGGGCUUGUCGGCAAUUAUCUGGCCGAGGUCAUCCUCGAUGGCGAGGUUCGCGCGAGGACGCCGACCCGAGCGGGCACCAAACAUCCGUUUUGGCGCGAGGACUACGAGUUUACGGACCUCCCUGUCGCGUUGCCUUUUGUUUCGGUGCUGUUGAAAAGGGUCAACGACAACACCGAGAGCUUUGCCCGCCAGAUCCAAGCGACGCUGGGUUUGGCCAAGCCGAGCCACCCAACGGAAAUUCUGUGUGGUUGCGUGGACAUCCCUCUGCACGAGAUCGAGUGUGGCAAGGACUACGAACAAUGGCUCCCCAUCUACGACGAUAAGCAGGGCUCUGUCGGUCAGAUGUUGGUCAAAGUCCGACACGAAGAGCUCGUUGUUUUCCUGGGACGCCACUACAAUGACUUGUCUGAGCUCCUUCACAAGUUCGACUCGGGGCUGGCAGCUCAGAUCGCCGAGGCGCUGCCCGGUAAUCUGCGCCGCGUCGCUGAGAUCUUUGUCAACAUUUUUCAGGUCACCGGCAGGGCUGAUGAGUGGCUGAUGAACAUGGUCGAGGAGGAGAUCGAUGGUAUAGGCAACCAGACGGCUCUCCGCAAGGGAAGAUUCAGCACCCGGCUCAAGUCCAACGAUUCGGUCGAGUCGACCGUGGAGCGGGAGAUGCUAGUGCGCGAGUUGGGCAAGUCGCUCCAGGGAGAAGCCAAUUUGCUCUUCCGAGGCAACUCUCUCCUCACACAGGCCCUCGAGUUCCAUAUGCGUCGUCUCGGUCGGGAGUAUCUCACCGAAACACUCGGUGAGAAGAUUGUCGAGAUCAACGAGAGCGAUUGCGACUGCGAGGUCGACCCCAGCAAGGUUGCGCACAGUGACGAUCUACACAAGAACUGGAACAACCUCAUCCAGUUCACCACCGAGAUCUGGGAGGCCAUCUCGGUGUCUGCCACACGGCUGCCGCCUGAGCUCCGGCAAAUUCUCAAGUACAUUCGUGCUGUGGCAGAAGACCGCUACGGAGACUUCUUACGGACUGUCACGUACACGUCCGUGUCUGGGUUCUUGUUCUUACGGUUCCUCUGCCCGGCUAUUCUGAACCCCAAGCUGUUCGGCCUGCUGCGUGACCACCCGCGACCCCGUGCCCAGCGAACCCUUACGCUCAUCGCCAAGUCCCUGCAGGCUCUCGCCAAUCUCUCGACUAUAGGCAAGAAGGAGACAUGGAUGGAGCCCAUGAACCGUUUUCUCACCGCGCAGCGUCAGGCAUUUAAGGACUUCCUCGACACCGUGUGUGCCAUCCCGGCGGACCGCAGGAAAUCGGCUGUCCCCCCGUCUUAUUCCACGCCGAAUACCAUCAUGGGCCGUUUGGCCCCCCUUGCCCGCGAAGGCUUUCCUUCUCUGCCCUAUCUCAUCGAUCAGCCACGGAACUUUGCUGCGCUCGUCAAGCUGUGGGCCGACAACCACCCCCCCUCGGCCAGCAGCUCGCAGGUAUAUGAAGGUGACCUGCUCAAAUUCCACAACAUUUGUAUCGAACUGCACCAGCGUGCGACAGCCUGCCUUGCGCGCAUCGAUGCCCUCCGCAAUGCCGAAGGGGCCAGCCAGCCGGCAGAUGACGUCUCGGGCCUGGCCGACGUCAUGGAUCGCAUCACCGUCGGCGACAUGUUCAAUCUGUCCGCCUAUGGUGGCAGCAAUAGUGGUCUGCCCGACACAGAGGGCCCUCCGCCAAAGUCAUCCGGUAGCGACGUCGACCCAACCACGGCCUCCACAUCAUCCUCUCGCCCCUUCGGCGCCAUCAGCAUCGGCUCUCCGCGUGACCUGAAACAGCUCUAUCGCAGCGAGAGCAACAGCACCAACCGCGAGUCGACCUCCCUCCGGCAGGUCUCCCGCAGCAGCGAGGUCUUCCCACAACCCACGGGGUCCGGAAACUCCAGCAAUAGCAGCGGAAGCGCUAGCAGCACGGUGCGCAGCCUGCGCAGCGGCAUCCAUCCACGCAAACUGUUAAGUGGGUUCAUACGCAAGGCACGAAGCAACACCUCUGACGGCAAUGGCUCAGGCCCGUCUCCCGAGGCGUCGCCCACCCUGAUCAACACGUCUGUGACUCCUGUUGAGGCUGCGACCAGCACGCCAACCACCAUCACGACGCCUGCCACAUCAGCGAACGCCACUAUCAUUUCAUCGCCCCAGGCGGGUUCCGCUGCGGUGUCGGCUAUGAAACCGUUCUCUUUGCCGAUCAUUCCUAAGGAGCAUGAUCGAGAGUAA